AUGAGUUUCUGCAAUUACCAUCCUUUCAUUCUAUUUAUUUUAUUGUUUUUCGUGCUUGGAGUCAACAAUGCAGUGUCGGAACCUGAAGAAUACAAGACGUACAUAGUCCAUAUGGACCCUUCACUAAAACCUUCGUCUUUUCUGACCCAUGAAACUUGGCACCGGACCAUCCUACGAUCGCUGUCAAAACCCGUUCAUGACAAAGACAAGCUACUUUACUCUUACAACCAUGUCAUGCAUGGGUUCAGUGCUAGGCUGACACCUUUUCAAGCAUCGGAAAUCAAGAAAUCUCCGGCUCAUAUCGCCAUGCACGAGGAGAAAUCUGGCAAACUGUUCACCACACACUCCCCUCAGUUCAUGGGGUUAAGGCAUUCAUCUGGCCUGUGCAAUGCGUCAUCGUAUGGUGAAGGCGUGAUUAUAGGAAUGAUUGAUUCAGGAAUUUGGCCUGAGAGCGAGAGUUUCAAUGAAAAAGGAAUGCCAGCAGUUCCUACUAGGUGGAAGGGCAAGUGUCAGAAUAGUACAAUCGACCCUUUUCCUUGCAAUAGAAAACUCAUUGGCGCCCAAGUAUUUAUCAAAGGAAGUCAGGCUGCAGGUGAGUCGGACUCACCAGACGAUACACCAAGAGACUAUUUGGGACACGGAACACACACGUCAUCAACCGCCGCAGGUAACCAUGUACCAGGUGCAAGUCAAUUCGGAUAUGCACAGGGUGUAGCCCGGGGGUUGGCACCAGGUGCACAUGUUGCUAUGUACAAAGUAUCAUCUGGAGAAUUAAUUGUAGAAAGUGACGUUCUUGCUGCCAUGGAUCAAGCAAUCGCAGAUGGUGUUGACAUCAUGUCACUAUCUCUGGGUUUUGGUCAGAUAGAUUAUUUCGAAGAUGUCAUAGCCAUUGCUUCCCUUUCAGCGAUAGAGAAGGGAAUUGUUGUUGUCUGCUCCGCAGGGAAUGAUGGAGCACCUUAUACUACACAAAAUGCAGCACCGUGGAUUACUACUGUUGGUGCAGGAACUCUUGAUCGGAGUUUCACUGCAACGGUGACCUUAGGAAAUAAUCAAACAUUUGAAGGAAAAUCACAGUUCCCAAACCGUGUUUUAGUUAUAGAUACACCUUUGUACUAUGGCAAAGGUGAUUCUGACAAAGCAAUAUGCAACAUUGGAGCAUUGAGUGAAAAUGAAGUCUUUGGAAAGGUGGUCAUAUGUGAUAACAACAGCAUUAUUAGCGUUUUUGAGCAAGCGAGAGAGCUUUCAAGGAAUGGUGCAGCUGCAGGAAUACUUAUCUCAGAUUCGACCCCGGAGGGAAUUAAUGGACUCAGCAUUCCAAGCCUGAUUUUACCUUCUUCUUCAGGUGCUUUGAUAAAAAAGUAUGCUACAGAGGCAGCUGAUGACGCAAGAGUAAAAAUCAUGAGAUUCGCGCUCACAAGUUACGGCACAAAGCCAGCACCACAAGUGGCCUACUUCUCUUCCAGAGGACCAAACCCUAUUAGCCCAAGCAUUCUAAAGCCAGAUAUAAUUUCUCCAGGGGUCGAUGUGUUGGCUGCAAUUCCACCAAUAAUUCCAGUUCAAUAUGUUGAUAAUUAUCAAUUGGCUUCAGAUUACGCAUUAUAUUCAGGCACAUCAAUGGCAGCACCCCAUGUUGCUGGAGUGACAGCUUUGCUUAAAGCUGUUCACCCUGAAUGGAGUCCAGCAGCUAUUCGAUCAGCCUUGAUGACCACAGCAUAUACCAUUGACAACAAUGGAACAAUUUUGACAGACCAGUCCACUAACCUUCCAGGAACACCUCUAGAUUAUGGGGCAGGUCAUAUCAAUCCAAACAAAGCCAUGGAUCCCGGGCUCAUCUAUGACAUAGAUUGGCAAGGUUAUGUUGAUUUCUUAUGUGGUCUAGGCUACAGUGAAGCAGAGAUGAAAGCUAUUCUUAGACGAAGCCAAUGGAAUUGCAGCCAAAACCAAACAGAUAUAAACUACCCAUCAUUUGUUGCCAUCUUUAACGCAAGCUCUCCGAAUGUGAAGAACUUUACCAGAGUUGUGUUGGGAAAUAAACCAAUUUACCACGCUGUUGUGGAAACAACCUAUGGAACGACAUUCACAGUGGAGCCAUCCACCCUAACCUUCACAAACAAAUACCAAAAGCAAAAAUUUGUUGUGAGCGUGCAGAUGUACGGUAAAGCUCCUCCAGUGACCUACGGUUAUCUAAAGUGGGUUUAUCAAAAUAGCCACAUAGUUGCGAGCCCUGUGGUGGUCCUAAAUUCCUAA